AUGGACGAGACGGAGCCACUGCUGCAAGAUGCCCGUCUGGUUAACAUCGAGCAGAGGGACGACCUCUUGGGCAAAGACAUCGUCGACUUCGCCCCUGAUGGCGACCAGGACAACCCCCUGGAAUGGCCAACAGCCUACAAAUGGGGGAUCGUCUCUCUGCUCGCCUUCAUGGCGUUCACCGUCACUUUCACAUGCAUAUCAGUCGUGCCGGUCGCAAACCGCAUUGUCCACGACCUCGACCACGGCCAGUCGAGCAAAUCAGCAAGCGUGCUUCUCGUCACCAUCUGGGAGCUCGGCGAAGCCGCCGGGCCGCUGCUCAUCGCACCGCUCAGCGAGGUAUUCGGGCGCUACCCCGUCAUGAACGCCGCCAACACGCUUUUCGUUGCCGCGACGGUGCUGGCUGCACUCUGCCAGAGCACGUCCCUGUUCAUCGCUGCCCGGGCGCUGACCGGCCUUGCCGUCGCGUCGAAUGUGCUGAACCCUGCUAUCAUUGGCGACAUGUUCGUCUCGGAGGAGCGCGGCUCGGCCAUGAGCAUCGUGGCGCUGGCUCCGCUGAUCGGCGGCGCUGUCGGACCCGCCAUCAGCGGUGCGAUAGCGGAGAGUCUGGGCUGGCGCGAGGUGCUCUGGGGCAGCGCGGUCCUGGCCGCCGCCUGCGAGAUAGCCUUCCUCACGUGCUUUCGGGAGACGUACAAGGUGGCCAUCUUGCGACGGAAGGCGGCGAAGCUGCGUGCCGAGACCGGCAAUGUCGCCCUGAGGACUAUCUAUGACACCGACGACGAUGUAUCGAAUGCUAGGAAGCUGUGGGGCGCCAUAAUGCGGCCGGCGAGCGUCUUUGCUGGCUCGGGCGUCUUGCAGAUCCUGUCGCUGUUCGGCGCCCUCGUGUUCGCGCACUUCUAUGUCAUCUCGACCACGUUGCCGGAUAUACUGCAAGAGACCUACGGGCUGUCGGCGGCAGCCACUGGGUCUGCCUUCCUCACCUUUAGCAUCGGUUCUACGGUGACUGUCCUUCUCUGCAACACAUAUCUUGACAAGAUUUACGUGAAAUUGCGAGAGCACCACAAGGGGGUCGGGAAGCCCGAGUACCGCCUCCCUCUCGUCAUCGUCGGGGGCUUCUUGCUACCGUUCAACAUCGCCUUCUACGGCUGGUCUGCCCAGCUGCAAUUGCCCCUGCCGGUAAUCCUACUGUCGGUCGGCCUGCUCGGUGCGACCAUACUGUUGGGGUUUAUGCCGCUGUCCGCGUACGUCGUGGACGCCUUCGGCCUACACGCUGCCUCGGGAAUGACGGCCGUUAUAGUGACGAGAUGUCUGAUGGGCACGUUCCUGCCUCUAGCCGCGGAGCCGCUGAUAGACAGGUUCGGGUAUGGAUUGGGUUGCACCGUAUUGGGCGGCGCCGGUCUGCUGCUUGCGCCGAUUCCUGUCUUCGUGUUUCGGUACGGAGACAAGUGGCGGCAGCGAUCUAAAUACUCCAGAGAAUCAUGA